UGUACUGCAGACAGUGCGAGAAGAUCCUCUCAUAUCCUCUCUACUGCAGGAGAAUGGCUCAUGUUCUCUGCUCGUUCCUCUUGCUUUCCAUCAUCUCAAGAGCAUUUGGUGACUAUGCUGUUAUAGGGAUACCUAACGGAGGACCCUGGGGAGAAUGGGGGUCUGUGGAGUGGUGCCCCUGUGGGUAUCAUGCCAAGGGAUUCUCUCUAAAGGUGGAAGUAAAGCAAAAAGUUGAAGAUGACACAGCCCUGAACGGGAUACGCCUGCACUGCCAAAACAAAACUGACUUUGACCAGGACAGAGACAAUCAAUAUACUAUCACAUCUGCUCAAGGACCCUGGGGUGAGUGGACUCCCACCUUAUGGUGUCCGGAAGGACAUCUUAUCAGCUUCAGCAUGCAAGUAGAACCACCAAGAAAAGGUGUGGAUGAUACAGCUGCUAACAAUAUAAUGUUUCAGUGCAGUGAUUAUGAAAUUCUAUUGGGAACUGGACAUAGUUGGGGACACUAUGGCAGGUGGAGCGGAAAAUGCAUGAAAGGAAUUUGUGGCAUGAAGACCAAGAUAGAGCCACCACAAGGCACUCUAGAUGACACAGCUCUUAACGAUGCCCAGUUCAUCUGCUGUCAGAAGUAAACAUUACCGGAGAACAUGGAAACAUGAAAAUAAAUUUUGUGCAUUUUUUUUAAUCAAAUAUUUUUUCAACCAAAUGUUUUUAAUCUGCUUCUGCUUUAAAAAAAACUAUCUAUUUCAUACAUGUAAAUUUUUGUUUCCAUAUAAAUGUUCAUUCAAAAUGUU